AUGUCUGAGACUCCAGCCAAGCGUCAAAAGGUCGACGGCCAUCCCCGAGCUCCCAACGACCUCUCUUUCGAAGACUUUGCACCUGAUGGAGACCUUGUCUUCGUUGUCCAGAGCGAAACUCGAGUGCGAGUUCGUUCUGCAGUUAUGAUGGGAGCUUCAUCUGUCUUUAAUGCUAUGCUCGGACCAAACUUCAAGGAAGGUCGCGCCCUGGCUGAGGCAAGCUCUGCACCUGUUGAGAUCCAAUUUCCAGAAGACGACCCUGAGCCUUUCGGAUGGAUCUGUCGUGCUUUGCACUGCCAGGCUUCUACAAAGCUCUGGGAACCUACAACCAACCAGCUCGCAACUGUCUGGACGUUGAUUAACAAGUACGAUCUGAAAGAUAGCAUGCAACUUUCUCUCUCAUUUUGGACAAGCAAGCGAGUCUACUGGGAAGCCGAAAUCAGGGAACUCUGGCUAUUGGCACAGAUCUCUUUAGCGAAUGAAGACAACGACUCAUUCACAGCUGUCACUCGCAAACUCAUCUUGAACACGUCAGCCUCGAUUUACGACGCGGCUUCUACAAUGGAAGAAAACCCUUCCAUCAUCAACGGUCGUCUGGUCUACAAACUUGCAGGUGCCAUUCAGCAAACUCGGGAUUCGGCCAUCAUAAGAACCGCAAAGUUUCUAUACAGUGCACUGCCCAGAACUAUUCAGAGCUGCAGUUUCACUACGCAUUCAUACUUUGCGCAAUUGGUACUUUUGUCUUCGAGGCUUGACGGUCCACCGGUGCCUGCUACAGUACUGGACACCACUACGUACCUCGACUCAUACACUGCCAUCAUUUCGGGACUCAUCGAAUGGACGACCAGGCCAGCAUGUAACUGUGGUGGACAUAGAUGCGCAGACAACAUGGCAAUCCGUCCUCUGAAUCCUUACAGCUUCACUAUGAGGACCCGAAAAUCUAAUCGCACUAAACGAUACACGCUUGAAAAGUACGAUUUUGAAGGCAGCUCCGACGAGGAAACUCUCAGGCGCGCUACUCAGAAGACGGAACGAGACGAAAACUUUGAUGAGACUGCCGCUGCUGAGGAAAGCGCCGAAGAGGAAGAGCUCGCUCUCGACCAGGAAGGGGGGCACGAUGAAAAUGAAGAAGUCGAAUCCGAAGGUCCUGUGAGCGAACCUGAUGGAGUGCCAGAUAGGUUUGCGCGACAGCGUGUGAGGCCGAUCAGGCCAUUCAAUGUACGCGCUGCUGGCUUGACAGGGUAUCUCGAUUUGGAGCCUGUAGCAGACGGACGCAUUGUUAGAUCAUACUGGGGACCGUAUGAUCGCGGCUUCAAGGGAAAACAGCUUGUGGAAGCCUGGUAUGGACGACACGAAGAUGGCGUUGGUCUAGUCAAGGGAAUGCUGGACCGUUGGAUGGACUGGACUGUCCUGCCUCCCAAGAUCCCAGCUGAUGAGGGGCAGACAGAUAGAGCUGUCUGGUCGCCCAGUUUCUUCGAACGGGAAGCUUACAGCGCCGAGCAUUGGUAUGAGCGCGUUCAAGAGAGUCUUCCUGGGGUCAACGCAAGGAUACGACUAUCGCCAGAGGAAGCUGAACUUUACCGUUUCCAGAGAGAGCCAAUGCCAGUAUUAUUGGGGCCUUCAACAUCGCAACAAGAGAUCAGAUUCAUGCCCGGGGACGCUUAUGCCAUAUCUCAAGACGGUCUCCCUUUGCAAAAUGACAGCGCACCCGUGGGAUGGAUGUUAGAUGCGGGUGGUAUUGUCACCGGAAUGGACUGGGCGCCUCUCCAUAGCGUCAACGCACCGCAACUACUCGCCAUAUGUGUCAUUCCUCAUUCUGACCAGGAACUAUACGACUAUGAAGAAGAGUGUCUAAGGCCUGACUUUCAGAAGUAUGGCGUUGUACAGUUGUGGGAGUUUGUCGGUGAGAGGCAAGAUGAUGGCUUUGCGCGACCUUCAUUGCAGCCACCCACACUACGCAAAACAAUAUGUCUGGAACAAGGGCGCGCUCGAAGGGUAAGAUGGAGCCCAGCAUGUGGGUUCUUGGCAAUUCUUUGCGACGACGGAAACGUAUAUGUGACUGAAGCUGGUGAUGAUGGAGAAGGGGGUUAUGAAAAGGUUGUCGAGCCAAUAGCAGUAUUUGGCUUCCCAGACGAGGACGCAAAGGCUACAACUUUCACAUGGAUCAACUUCAACAGGCUAGUGAUAGGAUAUACUGAUGGUUCUAUCGCUCUUUGGUCUGUCCGUCCCCAUCGUCUCCUAUCUCGACACCCCGUUCACCACAACAUCGUGGUCGAUCUCGUCUCAGGCUAUCCAGCUAUGCCAUACCUGAUCGCUUCUACUCCAGUCGGUGGCACUGUCAAGCUUCUCGACCUUCGUGCCCCUAGCUACGAAUCCACCGAAGUUCAAAACCUUACAGUCGGAACGCAGCCAAACCUCCUCGGAUACAGCGACCACCUGCUAGGCUUCUUUUCCAUGUACCCAUCUGCGGGUGUUCUCAACACUCAUGUCGGCUUUAUGCAUCAUUCGCAAUUCCCUGUCGCCCGUCGUGUCUUCACUGGAGAAAGCUACCCUUCAUGUUUGGCAGUCGGGCGCACGCACCCAUAUCUCCUUGUCGGGUCCCUAGACGGCUCACUCUGGGCCAUCAACCCUCAAGUCGAGCUCUUCACCACCAGACGCGAACCGACAGAUCGCAUUCGCGUCUGCCAUCACGAACAUCGACCUGGGAAGCUCUUUCCAGCUGACGCCCCCACUGCGGCGCGAGGUAUCUCGAGAAUAGUAACUGGCUUUAUCCUGGAGCGCAGUUUAACAAAGCAUUCAGCUCACAAGCCGCCUGUCAAGAAAGGUAAAAAGCCAAAGAAGAAGGAAACCGACACGGCUGUUGGCGAUGAUGAGGAAGAGGGAGGUGCUAUUAUGGAUCCAACCCGAGCCAUCAUUUAUGAGCCUUUGACGAGGGUUACAGUGGCCGAGUGGAAUCCCAACGAGGAGUACGGCUGUUGGGCUGCCGCAGCUAUGGGGUCCGGUCUGGUACGGGUCAUGGACCUCGGCUUGACACAAACGGAAUGA